AAAACCAUGGACAGGCACCUCACAUCCUCCUUCCAAAUCCCCGCUGGUUCCAUGACCGUCUUCACCUUCACCUGUAUGCUUACCACCACCGCCUUCUACGACCGCCUUUUUGUCCCUUUCAUCCGUACUUUCACCGGCAUUGAUCGUGGCAUCACCUUCCUACAAAGGAUGGGCAUUGGUUUCGUCAUUUCAAUCCUCGCCACCCUAGUUGCUGGCUUUGUCGAAGUGAGGCGAAAACAUGUGGCUUCAGCCUAUGGCCUCACCGACAACCCUAAGGCCACCAUACCCAUCUCUAUCUUCUGGCUCGUGCCGCAAUACGGCCUCUAUGGUGUGGCUGAGGCCUUCAUGUCCAUUGGACACAUGGAGUUUUUGUACGAUCAAGCGCCAGAGAGCAUGAGGAGCACCGCCAUGGCUCUUUUUUGGUCCGCGAAUUCGUUGGGGCAUUAUUUGAGUACCCUUUUGGUUACUGUGGUGCAUAAGUUGAGUGCUGGUCCUGGCGGAUCAAACUGGCUUCCAGACUACAAUUUGAAUGAAGGGAAGUUGGAGUAUUUUUACUGGUUGAUUACAGUGAUGCAAAUUAUUAACCUUGUGUACUACGUGUUUUGCGCGAAAUUUUAUACUUUCAAGCCGGUUGAGAUUCAUAGGAAAGAAGAUGGUGAAUCCACUAGAGAUGCAGUUGAGCUUGCUAGCCAUGUUUAGUUGCAUUUUAAGCUUUGGACAAAUUUAGUUUCCUUUCCUUUCAUUAUAGCUUGACUUUAUUUUCUAUAGUAGACAAGCUUGUAGAGAUCAAUGGACCAAACUGUAUUUUAUAAUGAUACUGGUGUGGGUGCACAUAUGAUACGCAUACAAAGAUCUGUAGUUUAUGAAUAAAGUGUUAUAUAUGAUUCCCCACAA